GGACUCGCUUUCCCAUCAUGCUGCCUGGCAAGGGGCUACGGGGACCGGAAUGAGGUUGGCUAAAAUGGCGGGGCUAUAGAAACGCUAUGGCUGGGGAAACCAUUGAAAAGAGAGAGCGAGAUUCUUCCCCAAUCAAAGAAGAGCGGAGACGCUCACGGUCAGCAGAACGAGAGCGUGACCGGGAGCGUGAUAGAAAAGCCUCCCCUGUUGCUAAGGACAGAAAACGACACCGCUCUCGUGACAGGAGGAGGGGUAGUCGAUCAAGAUCCCGAUCUAGGUCCAAAUCAACUGAGAGAGAGCGGCGAUAUAAAGAGAGGGAAAGAGAACGCAAUAAGAAAGAUCGAGAUCGUGAUAAAGAUGGGCAUCGAAGAGACAAAGACCGAAAACGAUCCAGGAGCACUUCCCCAAGUCGGAACAAAGAUUCCAGAUCAAGAAAAGAUAGAGACUCUCGCAAAGAUGAAGAUGAUGAUUCACUAUCCAAGAAGGAAAAGGGCACGUUUGCGCAAGCUACGUAAAAAGGAGGCUAAGCAGCGAUGGGACGACCGGCACUGGUCUCAAAAGAAACUUGAUGAAAUGACGGACAGGGACUGGCGUAUCUUCCGCGAAGAUUACAGCAUCACCACCAAGGGAGGCAAGAUUCCAAAUCCCAUUCGUUCCUGGAAAGACUCCUCAUUGCCUCCUCACAUCUUGGAGGUUAUUGACAAAUGUGGCUAUAAGGAACCUACUCCUAUCCAGCGUCAAGCCAUCCCUAUUGGUUUGCAGAAUCGUGAUAUCAUUGGUGUAGCAGAGACUGGUAGUGGUAAAACAGCUGCCUUCCUUAUUCCACUUCUGGUUUGGAUCACCACUCUGCCUAAGAUUGAUAGGAUCGAGGAAUCAGAUCAAGGUCCCUAUGCUAUCAUCUUAGCUCCCACUCGUGAGUUGGCUCAGCAAAUUGAGGAAGAAACCAUUAAGUUUGGAAAGCCCCUGGGCAUCCGCACUGUGGCUGUUAUUGGUGGCAUCUCACGUGAGGACCAAGGCUUCCGCCUCCGCAUGGGUUGUGAGAUUGUGAUUGCCACACCUGGCCGAUUGAUUGAUGUGUUGGAGAAUCGCUACCUGGUGCUGAGCCGUUGCACCUAUGUGGUAUUGGAUGAGGCCGACCGUAUGAUUGACAUGGGUUUUGAACCUGAUGUGCAAAAGAUUCUGGAGCACAUGCCUGUUACUAACCAGAAGCCAGAUACUGAUGAGGCUGAAGACCCAGAGAAGAUGCUGGCUAACUUUGAAUCCGGCAAGCAUAAAUACCGACAGACUGUGAUGUUCACAGCAACCAUGCCACCUGCCGUGGAACGUCUGGCACGCAGUUACUUGCGCCGGCCAGCUGUGGUUUAUAUUGGCUCAGCUGGCAAGCCACAUGAGCGUGUGGAGCAAAAGGUCUUUCUCACGUCGGAAUCAGAGAAGAGAAAGAAACUGUUGGCUAUUUUGGAGCAAGGCUUUGAUCCACCCAUUAUCAUCUUUGUCAAUCAGAAGAAGGGCUGUGAUGUAUUGGCCAAAUCUUUGGAGAAAAUGGGGUACAAUGCUUGCACUCUUCAUGGUGGUAAAGGUCAGGAGCAGCGUGAAUUUGCCCUCUCCAAUUUGAAGGCCGGUGCCAAGGACAUUUUGGUGGCCACUGAUGUAGCCGGUCGUGGUAUUGACAUUCACGAUGUGUCCAUGGUGGUGAAUUACGAUAUGGCUAAAAACAUAGAAGAUUACAUCCACCGCAUUGGCCGAACAGGACGAGCUGGGAAAAGUGGCGUUGCUAUUUCUUUUGUCACCAAAGAGGACUCUGCUGUCUUCUAUGACCUUAAGCAAGCUAUCCUUGAGAGUCCGGUGUCUUCAUGCCCCCCAGAACUAGCCAAUCAUCCAGAUGCCCAACACAAACCAGGAACCAUCCUCACUAAGAAGCGUCGGGAGGAGACUAUCUUUGCCUGAGUGUGUAGUUAGCCUACAAACAGCCCUCCCCACCCCCUUGUAUUAUAAUCAGGCCACCUUUUGACCACCAUUUGAGGCCUAGCCAAUGACACAGGGUAAAAGCAUAGUGGCUCUUCCAGUCUUUAGCAGUGAAGUUUCAUUUUCUCAUUUUCUGUGAAUGUAAAUACACUUUUCCCUCUCUAUACAUGACAACUCUGCAUUGAAUUGAAGACUGAACAAUGGGAACAUUUCUCCAAGAGAAUAAGGUGUCAUCUUUCAAAUCUUGAUCUCCACAGAUCCUUUUAAUGUUCUUGAAGAUGGUGUCUAUAGAAAACUUGUAUUUCUUUUUCUUGUGGUGGUUGAGAAUGGCUAGCAAUCUUGACUUUCUGAUUUGAUAUUUCCAAACAUAUUUGAAAGGCGGGGGGGUUCAGUUAUCGAUUUCUACAUUUGCCAUCUCCGUAUAUCAGACAAGGACUUUUUGAGCUUGGCCCAAUGAAGAGGGGAAUUCUAUUUGUGAUCACUUCUCUAGACUCUUUUCCUGCUCUAGUGAGGAUUUCUCCCCAUUUCUAAUCUUAAGAUGUUAAUGUUUCAAUGCAAUUGUGUUUUUGUUUUAUCUAGAACUGCCCCCCCCC